GUUUUCUGUUUGUUUCAUUCAUUCCUGGAUGCGAAUGAACGGAUGACCGAGAAAUCAGUUGGCCUUCACCUCAGCACUCAGUAACGGAACAAGCGAUGCUUCACUCGGUCAAACAUUUUUUAAAGCGAGUAUGGUGGGCCGCCCUGGCUUAUGGAAUUGCCUUCAAAUAUGUUUUCUACGAAUUCUUUGGGAAAAAAACUGGAAAAAUCAAGAAUUCGAAUGGGAAUGCUUAUCCGAGACAAGAUGGAAAAGAGGCUGUGGUCACGGGAGGAAGUAGAGGCAUUGGACUUGAAAUCGUCAACAAUUUAUUGUCGUGCGGAUACAGUGUUGUCAUCGGCUCCUCGUCUCCAGAAGCAUCCAGAACUGCUCUGAGGGAUUCCUUGAUGAAAAAACAUCCGGGUUGCACUGUCGAAGUGUGGCACUUGGAUCUGGCUUCAAUGAAGUCUGUGAAGGAUUUUGCGAAUCAUUAUCUCUUAACAAAAUCAGCCUGUCACCUUCUCAUAAACAACGCGGGCAUUAUGUUCGUGAAAGAAGAGAGAACCGUAGACGGAUAUGAAAAACAUCUUUCUGUGAACUAUUUGGGGCAUUGUCUUCUAACUCAUCUCCUCCUACCCUUGUUAGCAAGAUCGAGUUCGACAGGGAAAAACUCGAGGAUAGUCAACUGCACUUCCUGCAUUCAUUUUGUGGGAAGCAAGGAUGUGACGGACUUUCAAAACCAGAAAUACUACUCAAAGUACAAAGCAUACAUUGAUUCUAAAUUAGCCCAAGUAAUGUUCACGAGCUCUCUUCAAGCCUGCCUGGAUAAAAAUAAUAUAAAUGUUAAAGUAAAUUGUGUACAUCCAGGAGUGGUUGAUACGGAUCUUAUGAACUCAGUAUUAUUGAUUCCGAGAUUAGGAUCCAUAUUCUUCAAGUCGGCUGAGGAAGGAGCUCAAACAGCAACCCAUGCUGCACUCAGCCCAGAGCUGGAACACGUAGGUGGAAAAUACUUGGAAGAGUGCAGAGUAGCUGCCCCAAGUAAAAUUUCUGAGAACAGAUAUCUUCGAAUGGAACUGUGGGAAAGAACCUGGAAAGCUUUGCAACCUUGGUUGAGUGAAAAUGGAUACAAAUUCAUUGAAGUUUCUGAAAAAUGAGAUUUACUCACCGUCAUAUUUAUUUUUUAUUUACUAUGAUAUGAACUCAUCUCAAUCAUUUCUAUUUAUUGCAUAACAACAAUAUUUUUUACCAUUCCAUUUUAUAUAGAAGCAUAAAUCAAUAAAAAUAAUAUUUCAGUGCGGAUCCA